UUUUUAAUUUUCAUGUUAAGGACUCGUAGAAAGUGUCUUUAAAACCCCCAAUCUCUCGAGGGCACAGGACUUCUUUUUCCCUCUCCAUUGCACUAGAUAAAAGAAAACCCUUAUUUUACCUCUCUCUAUUGCACCAGAGAGAAGAAACCCUCAUUUUCUCUUUCCAUAGCCGUCUUUUCUCUCUCUGGCUUUCUUUUAUCAUCUGUAUUUCGCCCCAAUUUUCUUCUUUUCCCUGAGACAAUUCUCCGAUUUUUGAAGAAUCUACGCCACUUUUUCUUCUUUGAUCACUGAUCUCCUUUUUUUGGAGAUCUUGAUCUUUAUCAGAGGCCAAAGUUAGGGUUUGUUUUUUUCUUGAACCCUAAUUCAGCGACUCUCUCUCUCUCUCUCUCUCUCUCUCUACAAAUGUUUGGAACAAGCAGAUUCUAUAACCUUCAGGCUAGAAGGCAGCAGCAACAGCAGAAGCAUCUGAAGAGUGGCCGGAAUCCAGCGGGUUCGAAGUUUUCUGGUGAACAGUGGCCGGAUUCAAGCGAUUCUUUGAAGCCUUUUGGAGAGGCUCCUCGACCUGGUAAUUUGGACCGUUUCUUGGAGUCCACAACGCCUUACGUUCCAGCUCAGUAUCUUUCUAACAUGAGUAGCAGGGGUUGGAGAACAUGCGACAUGGAUUCUCAACCCUUCUUCACCCUUGGAGACCUGUGGGAAUCUUUCAAGGAAUGGAGUGCAUAUGGUGCGGGAGUACCAUUGGUUUUAAAUGGGGUUGAGCCAGUCAUUCAAUAUUAUGUUCCAUACCUCUCUGCCAUUCAACUCUAUGCAGAUACCUCGAAGGGUGUUGUGAAUACGAGGAGACCAAGCGAGGAGAGUGAUGGGGAGUACUACAGGGAUAUAAGCAGUGAUGGAAGCAGUGACUUUGAGGUUGAAAGGGGAUUGAAAUACGAGAGGCCGCAUCACCUAACAAGCAAAUCUAACGUGGUCCAGAUGGAUAGACUCUCCCUUGGGGAUAAUAAUGAGCAGAACCUUUGUCAAGAAGGGUUCUCUAGUGAUGAUGGGGAGGGCUGCAGCUCCCAAGGCGGUAUUGUUUUUGAGUUUUUUGAACAAGAUCCUCCAUAUUGUCGUGAACCUUUGGCUGACAAGAUAUCAGAUCUUGCAUGCCAGUUUCCUGAUCUUCUGACACUAAGGAGCUGUGAUUUGUUACCAGCAAGUUGGAUUUCUGUAGCGUGGUACCCGAUAUACAGGAUACCAACAGGGCCAACACUGCAAGAUUUAGAUGCAUGUUUUCUUACUUACCACUCUCUCUCUACGCCCUUCAAAUGUUUACCUGGUGCUCAAGGUCAGUCUUGGAACUCAAACAUAGACAGGCCCUUGAAGUUGUCUUUACCAAGCUUCGGUCUCGCCUCCUAUAAGUUCAAGUUAUCAGUGUGGACACCUAAUGGAGUCUGCGAGCGCCAAUUGGCUAGUUCUCUCUUGCAGGCUGCUGACAACUGGAUCCGGCUCCUUCAGGUCGAGCACCCUGACUUCAGGUUCUUCAUCUCUCACAGCACACACUGGCGAUGAGAGUGAGAGAGAGGUUUUGGAGCAGCUUGGUAAACUCAUGGAAAGGUACACAUAACGUCAGCCCAAGCAACUAGCUCAGAUAUUAAAAUUGCUUAGUUAUACCGAGUUUUUGCCUACUGCUAUCCAAGAUUCUCAAACCAAAAAAAAAAAAAGAAAAAUAAAAGAGAAAAAAGAUUGGCAAACAAAUAAAAGAAAUAUCGAAGAGGAAAAGAGAGAGACUACUAGGACUAACAAAAGUGGCCUUAUGGAUCGGAAGUCCUGGUUUCGCAGGGCAUCAGAUUGGUUGGUGCUGUGUUUAUUGUUGUAGGGUGGUUUAGAGAGAGGUCUGGUAUUGUUGUUGUGGGGUGGUUUAGAGAGAGAAGACCUGGUAUUGUUGUUGUAGGGUGGGUUUGAGAGAGAAGGUCUGAUAUGUUCCUUUUGCUCGAGCCGAUCCCCCUCUCGAAUUUGGGAAGAGGCACUGGCUGCAUGGACGCAUUAUGAAGCUUUGUUGUAUGAUCGGUGGUCAUGGCUAGUGUGUUUAUGGACGGAAUAAUUAUGGAUGGUGAUGGAAAAAUGAGGGGAACAAUUGCAUAUAUGUGUUGAUUUUGAUUUCUCUGGUUUACCUUGUAUGAUGCUGGGCUUACAUUCUUAUGAUGACAUUUUUGGCCUGUCA